AUGGAAUCAAAAAUAUCUUAUUUUAUUAUUUUAUUGUGCUCGCUUUUGAUUUCUAUUACAGAAGGAAUAGAUAUACCUGAGCAGUUUCAAAAAUCUAAUCAUACCAAUAAUUGGGCCGUUUUGGUUGACACAUCCCGGUUUUGGUUUAAUUACCGGCACGUAGCGAAUGUGUUAUCAAUUUAUCGGAGCGUUAAACGACUCGGGAUCCCGGACAGUCAGAUUAUCUUGAUGAUCUCAGAUGAUAUGGCCUGCAACCCGCGAAAUCCACGUCCUGCUACUAUAUUUAAUAAUGCCCAUGAACUGAUAAGUGUUUAUGGAGAUGAUGUGGAGGUGGAUUACAGGGGCUAUGAAGUUUCAGUGGAAAACUUUGUCAGGCUUUUAACUGGGCGUGUUCAUCCUGAUACUCCCCGCUCCAAGAGAUUGCUCACUGAUGAAGGCAGUAACAUACUUAUAUAUCUGACUGGUCAUGGUGGUGAUGGUUUUCUUAAGUUCCAGGACUCCGAAGAAGUUACUAGUCAAGAGUUAGCUGAUGCUCUUGAACAAAUGUGGCAAAAAAGAAGAUAUAAUGAAAUUUUCUUCAUUAUAGACACUUGUCAGGCUUCAUCAAUGUAUGAAAAGUUUUACUCACCAAAUAUUCUGGCAACUGCCAGUAGUUUAGUAGGAGAAGAUUCAUUAUCUCAUCAUGUAGAUUCGGCAAUUGGUGUUUACAUCAUUGAUAGAUACACAUAUUAUGUUCUGGAAUUCUUGGAAAAUGUACAGCCCAAUAGUAAAAAAACCAUGUCAGAAUUUUUAGCUGUAUGCCCAAAAAGUGCAUGUUUAUCCACUGUGGGAGUUCGAAAAGAUUUAUUUAAGCGUGAUCCAAGCAAAGUACCUAUAACAGAUUUCUUUGGUUCAGUGAGACCUGUGAUUGUUACAAAAAAACCAAUUGAAAUAUUGGAGACACCAAAGAGGAAGAAGAAAAUCAUUGCAGAGAAUAAAACCAAAGCAGCGGAGAAGAGAGGAUAUCUACCUCAGUUCCCAGUGCAUCUUGUGAAAACUAGCUAA